CAUGGCGGAGACCCGGAGUGUGUGAGGGCGGACCCCGGAGGCGCGGAGGCCAAUGGCUUAUCGCGAGAGGCCAGGGGGCGGGGAAGACGGCAGCCGCAGGCCCAACCGGAGGCUCCGGAGGUGGCUGGGGAGUGAAUUUUCUGGAAGGCGGCUUUAGAGGUGCCGGGUCCGAGCGAAGGGCGUUUUGGUGCCGCCACCGCCCGGGCCGGGGAGGGGGCGCACUGGUGGCAGGAAGCGCGCUGCGCCGAGGUCGUCGCGGAACCAGCUGGUGACCCCCACAGGAUGAACCAUAAGAGCAAGAAGCGGAUCCGCGAGGCUAAGCGGAGUGCGCGGCCAGAGCUGAAGGACUCGCUGGACUGGACCCGGCACAACUACUACGAGAGCUUCUCGCUGAACCCGGCGGCCGUGGCGGAUAACGUGGAAAGGGCAGACGCCUUACAGUUGUCGGUGGAGGAAUUUGUGGAGAGAUACGAAAGACCUUAUAAGCCCGUGGUUCUGCUCAAUGCCCAAGAAGGCUGGUCUGCGCAGGAGAAAUGGACUCUGGAGCGCCUCAAAAGGAAAUACCGGAACCAGAAAUUCAAGUGUGGCGAGGAUAAUGACGGCUACUCGGUGAAAAUGAAGAUGAAAUACUACAUCGAGUACAUGGAGAGCACGCGGGAUGACAGCCCCCUUUACAUCUUUGACAGCAGCUACGGUGAACACCCCAAAAGAAGGAAACUUUUGGAAGACUACAAGGUGCCCAAGUUUUUCACUGAUGACCUUUUCCAGUAUGCGGGCGAGAAGCGCAGGCCCCCUUACAGGUGGUUUGUGAUGGGGCCACCACGCUCUGGAACUGGAAUUCACAUCGACCCUCUGGGAACCAGCGCCUGGAAUGCCUUAGUUCAGGGCCACAAACGCUGGUGCCUGUUCCCUACCAGCACGCCCAGGGAGCUCAUCAAGGUGACCCGUGAAGAAGGAGGGAACCAGCAAGAUGAAGCUAUUACCUGGUUUAGUAUCAUUCAUCCACGGACGCAGCUUCCAACCUGGCCACCCGAAUUCAAACCCCUGGAAAUCCUACAAAAACCAGGAGAGACUGUCUUUGUUCCAGGAGGCUGGUGGCACGUUGUCCUCAAUCUCGACACCACCAUUGCCAUCACCCAGAAUUUUGCCAGCAGCACCAACUUCCCUGUUGUGUGGCACAAGACGAUACAGCACGGGCCGCGGCAGUGCAAGCCACCCCCAGCCACCCCGUGCCACUGUGUCCCAACCCUGGCCCGGAGGGACCAGCUCUCGGGGAUCUUGAAGCAGGAGCAUCCUGAGUUGGCAGUCCUGGCUGACUCCGUCGACCUGCAGGAAUCCACGGGGAUCGCCUCUGACAGCUCCAGCGACUCCUCCAGCUCCUCCAGUUCCAGCUCGUCGGACUCGGACUCGGAGUGCGAGUCUGGAUCCGAGGGCGACGGGACGACGCACCGCAGGAAGAAGAGGCGCACGUGCAGCAUGGUGGGCAACGGGGACACCACCUCCCAGGACGACUGUGUCAGCAAAGAGCGCAGCUCCUCCAGGUGACCGGGCUCGGCUGGUGUCUGUGUAGGAGGACAAGCCCGCGGCCUGCGGCAGGGCCCCCGGGGGCAGCCUUUCGGACCUGCAGGCCCAGGAGGGCCGGCGAAAGCCAGAGAGUGACGACACUCUCGGGCUGUGAGUCGGUUCGCUCAGCAUUUGCUACAGUAGCUCCUUUUCUCCGCUACCGAAGCAAAUUAACGUGGCUUGUUUUACGCAUAAAGGCAAGAAUCUACGUGGAUGGUGCCAACGAAACCCUUUACAUUAUUUAAUAAAAAUUAAACUCAUUUUA